AUGACCAGCAACUGGAAUCCAACCACCGAUGGUAAUCAUGGCGCCGAUACACCGAACCAAACUGUCGACGCUGUACCUGACCUGAAUUACGAGUUCAUUAUUGAAUGGAAGGAAUAUUCCCCAAGUGGAGAACCCUACCAGGCUGUUAACUACACACAUUGCGAGUUUCAAGACGGGGAAUUGAUCUGCAUCCACGGUCGAUUACUUAGAAAAUCACAGACCAACGCAAUCGGCCGAACAAUUCAACGGAACCCUAAGAUGGGGACUAUUGGUGUCAUAAUGGGACACGAAGCGUUUUCGAUUAGAAUUGCAGCUUUGCGAAAUGGACGUGUACGCGUGUUGGAUGCGAAUGGAUGGGAGGAUGUCCCAGAUUUCAUCAAGAAAUAUAUCAUGUAA